AUGGCACCAAUUGGCGACGAUACCGUGCAGUCGCUGCACGAGCUGGUUUCCAAGCUUGAAUCGCGAGUGGCCGAGUUGGAAUCUAAGCUGAGCCAUGCUCAGGGCGGAACCAAGCAUUCACCGGCUGAGGGCGUAAGAAUGAUCUUGAUGGGACCUCCUGGUGCUGGCAAGGGAACUCAAGCACCCAAGAUCAAGGAGAAGUUUUCCUGCUGCCACUUGGCUACUGGAGACAUGCUGCGAUCACAAGUCGCGAAGAAGACACCUCUAGGGAAGGAGGCCAAGAAGAUCAUGGACCAAGGUGGACUUGUCAGUGACGAAAUUGUUAUUGGUAUGAUCAAGGCCGAGUUGGAGACAAACAAGGAGUGCAAGGGAGGCUUCAUCCUGGACGGAUUCCCACGAACAGUUGUACAAGCCGAGCGUCUAGACAAAAUGCUUGAGAGUAAAGAUCAGAAGCUCCAACACGCUGUCGAGCUCCAAAUCGAUGAUGGCCUCCUGGUUGCGCGGAUAACUGGUCGUUUGGUACACCCAGCAUCUGGCCGAUCAUAUCACAAGAUCUUCAACCCACCCAAGGAGGAGAUGAAGGAUGACAUUACUGGCGAGCCAUUGAUUCAACGAUCGGACGACAAUGCCGAGGCUCUCAAGAAGCGACUUGUGACCUACCACCAGCAAACAUCUCCAGUCGUUGGAUAUUACCAAAAGACGAAGAUCUGGAAGGGCAUUGAUGCCAGCCAAGAACCUGGCCAAGUGUGGAAGAGCCUUCUCGGAGUUUUUGAAGCAGAGAAGAAGGCCAAGAGCGGCGGUCUGCUUAGCAAGAUCACCGGGAAUUGA